CACGACCCGCGCCCAUUGCAUUGCAUCGCAUUGCAUCCGUCUCUCUCAUCUCACACUCCACCGAUCCAUCCAUCGCAUAUCCACAAAGCUCGCCCAGAGUACUACUAGUCGUGUAGAGUGCUAGACUGAUCGGUCCAUGGCGGCGGCGGCGAGCAGGACGGUGUGGGUGAACGGCCCCAUCGUGGUGGGGGCGGGGCCGGCGGGGCUGUCAGUGGCGGCGUGCCUGCGGGAGCGCGGGGUGCCGUCCGUCGUUCUGGACCGGGCCGACUGCAUCGCCUCGCUCUGGCAGCGCCGCACCUACGACCGCCUCCGCCUGCACCUGCCGCGCCGCUUCUGCGAGCUCCCCGGGAUGCCCUUCCCCGCCCACUACCCGGAGUACCCCACCAAGCGCCAGUUCGUGGAGUACCUGCAGGCCUACGCGGACCGCGCCGGCGUGGAGCCGCGCUUCAACCAGGCCGUCACGUCCGCGCGCUACGACGAAGCCGCGGGGCUCUGGCGGGUGCGCGCGGAGGACGUCCUCGCCUCCACUUCCACCACCGAGUACAUAGGCCGCUGGCUCGUGGUCGCCACGGGCGAGAACGCCGAGCGCGUCGUCCCGGAGUUCGAGGGCGCCCGGGACUUCGCGGGGCCCGUCUCCCACGUCGCCGAGUACAAGUGCGGCGAGGCGUACCGCGGCAAGCGCGUGCUGGUCGUCGGCUGCGGCAACUCCGGCAUGGAGGUCUGCCUCGACCUCUGCGACCACGGUGCGCUCCCGUCCAUGGUGGUCAGGGGAUCGGUGCACGUCCUGCCGCGGGAGAUGUUGGGCGUGGCCACCUUCUCCGUCGCCGUGUUCCUCCUCCGCUUCCUGCCGCUGCGGCUGGUGGACGCCGUCCUCGUCCUCCUCGCGCGCCUCUUCCUCGGCGACCUGGAGAGGCUCGGCAUCCGGCGCCCCGCGUGCGGCGGGCCGCUCCAGCUCAAGAACGCCAGGGGCAGGACCCCCGUGCUCGACAUCGGCGCCCUCGCCAGGAUCCGCUCCGGCCACGUGCGGGUCGUGCCGGGGAUCAGGAGGCUCUUCCGCGGCGGCGCCGAGCUCCAAGACGGCCGCCGCGUCGCCGCCGACGCCGUCAUACUGGCCACCGGAUACCACAGCAACGUCCCACAGUGGCUCAAGGGAAGCGAUUUCUUCACCGAGGAAGGGUACCCAAGGGUGGCGUUCCCGCACGGCUGGAAGGGGGAGUCGGGGCUCUACUCAGUCGGAUUCACCAGGAGAGGCCUCUCCGGCGUCUCCUCCGACGCCGUCAAGGUCGCGCAGGACAUCGCCGUGGAAUGGGAGAAGCAGACCUCCAAGAGAUGAUGAACAACUGAAGAUGAUGGAUGCCCAUCAUCAGCUUACCGACUGAUGAUGACCUCUCGUUGAUGGACGACCUGGUAACUCCACGUAUCUUGCCAUCACGCAUGUGUGUCCAGAAAGCAGAACUCGACAUAAUGUGCCCAAAGGCUUGUCCAAGCACGAGUUCAGAGAUAUAGAGGUGAUCAACUUGGAGCUGACAUGUUCUGGGAAACAGAGGAGAGAAGAAGCGUCGUCGGCGGCGGCGGCGGGAAAAACUGGAGAGCGGGGCGGGCCUCAUCUCAUGGGGUGCUUCGUGCUUGGGCUGGCAAUGGCAAGAAGGCCGGCUGGACGUACUGUGCGCGUCACGUAGUAGUAGAGCCCAGAUUUUGCUGUACCCAUGGGCCCUUAUAAAUUUAUGUAUGGAGUUGACAACGAGAAGACCGAAUAAUAUAAUCUCCGUCGGUUUAAAAACUC